ACCUUCCCCUAUCUUUCAUAUUCUUCCAUUCAUUUCUUCUCUCAGCUCAGCUUCCAAAACAAGCAGAUUUUCUCGGGGUUUUGUAGUUUACAUGGCGGAGAAACAAGCUCAUCUCAAUGGAGCCUACUAUGGCCCCUCAGUUCCACCAGCUCCCGCGAAUUAUCGCAGCCAUCGUCGUAGCUCGGGUUGCGGAUGCGGCUGCUGUCUCCUGAAGCUACUGUUGAAAAUCAUAAUCACCCUUGUCAUCAUUAUUGGCCUUGCAGUUCUCAUCUUCUGGCUCAUCGUCCGCCCCAACGAGGUCAAGUUCCAUGUGACUGACGUCUCGCUCAACGAGUUCAACCUGGACGGCAACAACACCUUGCAUUACGACCUUGCUGUCAAUAUCACAGUGCGCAACCCCAACAGGAGAAUCGGCGUACACUAUGAUCGGAUCGAGGCUAGGGCUUACUACGAGGACCAACGUUUCGAUACCCAAACUUUGCCCUCGUUUUAUCAAGGACACAAGAACACUAGUUUCUUGAACCCUGUAUUCAAGGGCAAGCAUCUGGUUUUCCUUGGUGCGGAUGAAACUGCGGAGUUCAAUGAAGAGAGGGCUAGUACUAUUUACAGCAUUGAUGUGAAGCUGUAUUUGAGGAUAAGGUUCAAGGUUGGAAGCGUGAGGACUGGCAGGUUCAGGCCCAAGGUUUCUUGUGACUUGAAGGUUCCAUUGAGCGCAGCCAAUGCUACCUUUUCCACCACCAAGUGCGAUUGGGAUUUCUGAUUCCUGGUCUAUAUCGAGUCUUUUGAUUGGAUAUUUCCAUUUAGGGAUUCACACACUUUAUUCUUUUGUACCUUGAUAUAUAAACCAGUGGUGUUCCAUUAGGAGAUGCAUACACUGAUGAAUAUAUAUGUUUUGAUUUGAUUA